CCUAGACUACAACCUAAAAACUACAACCUAUUCCGCGAAACUGUAACUGUAUAAUGCCGCUGUCAUAUCUAAAAGUCGCCAGGAUCUGACGGUGCAACGGUUGAAAGCAGUGCUCAAAUUCAUUUGUACUAUGCCCAGUAAGGACCGAAGGCGACGUCUGAAAAGACAGUUAGAGUAUCGGCGCAAGUGUGCACUCAGAACUGGGAGAGCCCAUGCUGUUGAGUCUCAUGGCUCCCUUGGAUUCGCUGCAACAAAUCGUGAUGAACUCAGCCAUGCCAGGUCUGAAGACGAGCGUCUUGUACCGGAAAUGGCUUCAGUACGCUUCACACCCGGCGAACAGCUACGCCACAGCACUCUGACGACUGGGAACGCUGAGCGGGCGGAUGCCGCCAUGGAGCUGCCCAAGAGUCUGGCGCUGUGUCUGGUGUGCAACAAGGACCUGGGGCCGCUGAACCAGAUUCCCACCUUCUACCACCGGCCCAAUGUGCUCUUCAGCAGGACGCCGGCCACCAGCACUCUGCUGCGCCACAAGCUGGAGGCCAUCGUCAAGGACAUCGUGGUGUUCCGCUCAGAGACAUGCUGCCUGUGCGUCAAGUGCGCCGGCCUCAUCAACCUGGCCGACGCGCUGGAGGCCGAGCUGAAGAGCGUCUGCCGCCAGCUGAGCGACCACUACUGGCGCACGGCUCGGCUGCGCGGCUUCGGCGAGGAGCGCGCCAUCGUGUGCAUCACACCGCUGCCGCCGCCGGGCGGUGGAGCGGCGCCGGGCGGAGCGCCGCGGCGACCCGUGCCGCCACAGCCUCAGCCGCAGCCGCCGCCUCAGCAGCAGCCGCAGCCACCGCCGCCGCCACCUAGCAAUAUGGGUGUGCCCGGACCGAUGAUGGUACGCGGCCCGCCAGGCGUGUGGGCACCGCACGGGCCGCCGGGACCGGUGUGCUGGCCGGCGGCGGCGCCCGGCGGCCACCCGGGCGUUAUGGUGCCGCCCGGCCACCCUGGCGCGCUCGGUCCGUCCGGCCACCCCGGGCCGUUCAGCCCGGCAGGUCUCCCCGGCACACUCAGCCCAGCCGGCCACCCGGGCCCGGCUGUCAGUCCGGCCGGCCACCCCGGCGCCCUGGGGCCACCCUCCCACCCCGGCGGCGCGCCGGCCGAGCCGGGCCGCGGCCUGGAGCGCUCCGUGUCUCAUGAGAGCGAUGACGGGGCCGGCGUGUGUCAGCUGCUGUCGGCUGUGGAAGUGGAACUGACCGAGGUCAAAGAGGAGCCGCCUGACGACGCCGACGCCAGCGACCACCUGAUGCGAGAGCCAGUCGAUAUCGAGGUGGACCCGUGGAGGGACCUGGGAUACGAGGACGCCAACGCCAUGGAGAAACUGGCCUCUCAGAAGACCCGCAGCAUGCCGCCGCCGUCGCAGGCGGCGCCGCCGGCCCGGUGGCCAAUGCAGCCGCCGCCGCCCGGUCUCGGGGCAUCCUCGGGAGGCAGCGGCGGUCGGCAGACGGCUGUGGCGCGCCCCACGCGCACCUACUCUAACUCCUGUCCGCGGCCCGAGGUGCCGUCCGGCGCGGCCCGUCCGGCGAGCGGCGAGCGGCCGCCGCCACCGGCCAACCUGCCGCCGGGCGCUCAGAAAACCCACCAGCGCAUCAUGAAGACUCUGACCAGCCACUCGUCUGCCAUCCAGCAGGCCGUGGCCAACGGUGUCCUCUCGUUAGAGGUGCGUCCGCCCGGCGCGCCCGCGCCGCCGCCGCCGCCGCAAGCUGUCAACAAAAAGGGUCACGGUCCGGGUGGCAGCGGCACCCGGCCGGCUGCUCCGCCCCCGGCACCGCCCAGAUCUCUGCCAAACAUCGCUCCGGCACCGCCCAAACAGCCGGCGGCUGGCGGCCAGUCCGGCGCCGCGGCGCCCUCUCGGUCCUCGCCGAAUGUGCAGCUGACGCCUCUGUCGGCCAUCACCAGCUUCAAAAUCAAACUGCCCUCCUCGACGCCACGUGAGGGUGUGCCCACGCCACCUCCGGCAGAGGCCGCUCCCGUGCCGCGGCCGGUCACCCCUCCGAACAUCGACGCCCAGCCCGCGAACCAGGCGCAGGCGCAGGUGCAGGAGACGUCAGGUCGCGCGGCCAGCGCGCCGGGCUCCGAGUACCUGAGCCGGAUAGUGGCCUGGUUCCACAAGUCGCAGCGCCUCAGACCAGGCAACUACACGUACAUCAAAUCGGGCGACUCCCUGAACGGCAAGCUGAUACCGAUCGCGCCUGUCAAGGGCCGGCCGCCGCGGCGGCGGCCCGGCGCCGGGCCCAUCGUCCGCCUGGUGGUGGGUACGCCCAUGAACCGGCGCCGCUACCCGCCGCUGGAGAAGGCGCUGGCCAUGGUGACAGCGGCAACGCGCGGCGUGACCUCUGGUCCGCUGGCCGCCGGGCGGGCCAAGCUGAACACGCUAUCUGGGCCGCCGAAGAGGACCUACAGUGCCAGAGCGUCGAAGGACGUCGCAGAGGCACCCUCUGCACCGUCACCGUCUACAUCGGCGACGGAGCCGACGCCUGCGUCAGAGGCCGCGCCCGAGUCUCCUGCGGAGGCUGAAGAGAAGGAAGAGAAACCUGAAGAGGAGAAGGAGGAUGAGGCAGCGGUCCAGACUCCGGCAAGGCGCGGCAGGCCGAGGGGCCGGCCGCGGAAAGACGGUCUCCCGCCGGGUAGCGUCGAGUCGGGCAAGAGGAAGCGCGGUGGGAACAAGGCCAAGCGACCGGCCGCCGAUUCUCAGUCGAGCACACCAAGCACCUCCAGCGCACCGAGCAGCGCGCCGGCCCCCAAACGGCAGCGGCUGGAGCGGCCGCCGGAGGGCGCCGAGGGGCGGCGCCACUCACGCCGGCUGUCGGCGCGUCUCUCCCAGCUGGAAAACCAGGAGACGGCCAACGGCGCGGCGCACGAGCCGGAGCAGGCCGCGCCGCCGCCGAAACAGGGCGACAGCACGGCAGAUACGGACGCGGGGGAGACAACGACGGCUGGAGACAAGUCGUCGAACGAUGACCCAAUAGCGGAGCCCGACGGCGGGAACUUGGCGUCCGCUGCCGAACAGGGUUCUGGUGAUACGGAUUUGGCUCCGAGCCAGAAUGGCCCGGCCGGUGGCGGCGCAGCGGCGGACGAGCCGGCGAGUCCGUGCCGGCCGUCGGACGAGCCCGCGACGGCCGACUCCGAGCAGACCGCUGACCCGGCCGCGGCCAGUCCGCCGGCGGCCGUAGCGGACUCUGAGGCGGGGCCCGCUGACAGCAUUCCCAGCGAUCCAGCGCCCUAGUCGGACGGCCGGGCGGCUGGGGUGGCGCUGACGUACAGGGUACAGCCGCGAGCACGGCGCUGCAGAUCUCAGCGCGGAACGCUAGCCGCGCGUGGCGGUGGCGGUCGGCGCUUCUGGCUGUCGAGUGCACAGGUUUAGGUUGUGUGCGCAGGUUUUGUGUCCGCCGUGCGCCCGGGGCCGGCGGCCGUGUCUGACCGAGCGCUGUGUCCGUGGUGCCGGUGUGAGUGACGGCUGUGUUAUCACGUUUUGAUGGUGCGUCGCGCGGUGUGUGAGGAUGUGACAGCGCCGCGCCCUGCACCCAUCUGCACCGAGUGUUUGUGGCUGGUGCUCACCUGAGGAGCGGCCGGUUUUGUCGUCAGCUGUGUCUCCCUAGCCGAGUGAUCACCUCGGCUAGGUGCCCGCUGUGGCCGCUGUGGGUGUCUGGCUGUUACCGCACCGUGUGUGGGAGAUGGCCGCACCGGCCGCCCUGGGAGUGCUCUCAUCGUUCCAUGCGCUCAGUUCGCUCAAGGUGUGUCGAGCGGUUCCCUCCAGAAGGCGUCAGCUGGCGAAAUGCACUCUCCUAAUUGCUCUGUUGGCAGUGUUCUCGCUCAGGAGCAGUUGUAAUAGGAGCAGACCUUGGGCGGCAUUUGUCAUUCAUUUAAGUGUAUGUUUGGUAUAAGAACAUGUAUAACUGUACGACGGGCAUGUGAUGCUUGUGCCCUAUAACAGGUGUCGCGCUUAGAUGGGAAAAUUUUCCGAGGCACUAGUGCCAUAUUUCGUGAUAGAUGUUGCAUAAAGUGAAUACGACUAUGAAAACGUG